AUUCCGGGCUAACCCAAACCCAACGCAGGGGCAAAGGGGAUCGAUUAAAUCGGUAAAGCUCGCCUGGUUUACGACCAGAGCCAAAGGGAUUGCUUAAACCGGUAACUCGUUUUAACGAUCAACGUGGCAGAAUCAAGUGCAUAUAGCCAACGUUCCAAAAAUGGGAAAUAAGCAAGUUGCUCCAUCAUCUGAGUGAGUUGUAGAAGCUUAUUACUGUUAUUCACGGCGUGUGCUGUCUAUAUAAAUGGCAUAUUUCUUUCUAAGGAUUUGAUAAAUUUUCUGUACGAGUUGUAAAUGUUGAAAAAGAAGAUUGAAGACGUCUCUGCGAAUACAGGUUAUUGUCUAUUUUAUUCUGCAUUUUCUUCUUCAACUUAUUUUGUUUAUUUUUAUGUUCUUCUAGAAUUUUUUAUUCCUUUGCGGGGAAACAUACAUUUUAUACACAGAAUGAACUGCUCAGAAACUUUCCAGUUGUCCGAAACAUGACAUUUCUUUUUUAAUUGUUUUUUUUUUUUGCUUCAUUGCCUUUAUUCUUGUUUCUAUAAAGAAAUAUAGCAUUCGGGUUAAAAGGAACAUGAGACUUGGUAGAAGCAAGUCGGUUGCACUUUGAUAGGGUCUUGGUGGUUUGGUUCUUUUCUAUGUUGUGGGCUUCAUUGCUAAUUAUAUUCUGUUUUUACUUUGAACUCAUUUAUUCUAUUUCUUUUAUGCUUAUCAGAUUAAUUGGGUAGGGUUGUGAGAGAUAUGACCAUAGUUCUCCUUGGGAAGGGAGAAAAUAUCAACAAUGGCUUGUAGAGCACUUCUCAGAAGGAAAAGAUUUCUUUUUGAUUACUUGAACUCUCCGUCUCGCUCAAUUCAAGGAUUGUCGAGUUUUGGACAUGGCCGAUCAACCCAAUGUUUGGAUUCAUGGGUUUCAAGUCGGGUGUCAUAUAAUCCAUGUGCAGAUUUUAACCAUAGAAAGGAGGAGAAUGUAGGUUGGGUAGGCAAAUAUGAAUUAUUUAGCUUUUCAGAAGCACGAUUCAUUAAGUGUAAUUCAUUUGGAAUUUCAAUAUUGGGUUGUCAAAAUGGAAGACCAGAGUUUAUGUCCCCUUUGGCGAUUAGGUGGAUGUCACAAUCAAUUCUUAAUGCAUCCACAGCCACAGCUAGGCAACCUGAAUUGAGCUGUAGGGAUGAAGAAAUUGCUAAACAGAUAAAGGAGGCAUCUCCUGAGGAAUGUGAUCAGGUUGUUGAAGGUUUGAGUUCGGCAAAGGCUAAAGCUAAAGCUAAGCAGUUACAAGAACCCCAAAAGAGUGAAAAGUCCAUGCUACAAAGAGUAUGGACUAUGAUUUUGGGGAUUGGUCCGGCUUUGAGAGUAGUUGCUUCUAUGAGCAGGGAGGAUUGGGCCAAAAAACUCUGUCAUUGGAAAGAUGACUUUAAGGCAACUAUGCAACAUUAUUGGCUGGGUACCAAGCUACUCUGGGCUGAUGUUAGGAUCAGUUCAAGAUUACUACUAAAGCUUUCUGGUGGAAAGAAUCUCUCUAGGAGGGAGAAGCAACAACUUACACGCACUACGGCUGAUAUUUUCAGGCUAGUUCCUUUUGCAGUUUUUGUCAUAGUUCCAUUCAUGGAGUUCUUGCUGCCGGUAUUCCUGAAAUUAUUUCCCAACAUGUUACCAUCUACGUUCCAGGACAAGAUGAAAGAACAGGAAGCAUUGAAAAGGAGGCUUAUUGUGAGAAUACAGUAUGCAAAGUUUCUUCAAGACACAGUUAAAGAAAUGGCCAAGGAAGUCCAGAACUCACGAAGUGGAGAAAUUAAGAAAACAGCUGAAGAUCUUGAUGAAUUUUUAAACAAGGUUAGGACUGGAGGUCGUGUUUCUAAUGAGGAGAUUUUGGGAUUUGCUAAAUUGUUUAAUGAUGAGCUUACAUUGGAUAAUGUCAGCAGGUCCCGACUGGUAAACAUGUGCAAAUAUAUGGGAAUCAACCCUUAUGGAACAGAUGCAUACCUACGUUACAUGCUACGUAAGAGACUUCGUUGGAUCAAGAAUGAUGAUAGAAUGAUUCGAGCAGAGGGUAUUGAGUCCCUUUCAGAAGCUGAACUUCGUCAGGCUUGUAGGGAUCGAGGCUUACUUGGAAUGCUGUCCACUGAAGAAAUGCACCAACAGCUCCAUGAUUGGCUUGAUUUAUCUCUUAACCACUCAGUGCCAUCUUCUUUGCUGAUCCUUUCUAGAGCCUUCACUGUUGCUGGAAAGAUAAGGCCAGAGGAGGCUGUUCAAGCUACAUUAUCCUCUCUUCCAGAUGAGGUUGUGGAUACUGUUGGUGUAACAGCUUUGCCAUCUGAAGAUUCUGUUUCUGAACGGAGGAGGAAAUUGGAGUUCCUAGAAAUGCAAGAAGAACUUAUUAAGGAGGAAGAAGUGAAAGAAGAACAAGAGCAAGCCAGGAUGAAGGAAUCUGCACUUAGUCAUGAAGAUGUGGCUUUGAAGGAGAUGACUUUAUCAACAGCAAGAGAAGCACAACAGCAGGCAAUAGCACAAACAUUGGAGAAGCAAGAACAGCUCUGUGAGCUUAGCCGUGCAUUGGCUGUUCUAGCUUCUGUAUCUUCAGUAAGCAGGGAGCGAGAAGAGUUUUUGAGUUUGGUCAAUAAGGAGAUAGAAUUGUACAAUAGCAUGGUGGAGAAAGAGGGAACAGAUGGUGAAGAAGAAGCUAAAAGGGCAUAUAGAGCUGCCAGGGAGGAGAGUGACCAUGCUGCUGAAAGGGCAUUAGGUGACAAAGUUUCUUCAGCUCUUAUAGAAAGGGUUGAUGCAAUGCUUCAAAAGCUUGAAAAGGAAAUUGAUGAUGUGGAUGCCAAAAUUGGUGACCGUUGGCGACUACUUGACAGGGAUCGUGAUGGGAAAGUUACUCCAGAGGAGGUGGCUGCUGCAGCUUUAUACCUCAAGGACACGUUAGGCAAGGAUGGAAUUGAAGAGCUUAUAAACAACCUAUCAAAAGAUAGAGAAGGAAUGAUUCUCGUUGAAGACAUUGUCAAAUUAGGCAGUCGUGCAGAAGAUGCCAAUACAACAGAAGCAGGAAGAACUUAGAUAUUAAAAUAUUCAAAAUUGUAUAUGCUUUAUUUUUGAGUUUUGACUCAUUAUGUUAAGAGGCAGAAUUGCAUGAUGUUCUAGAGUGUCUACAUUUUACCUGGACGCUUCGGAUGCUUUGUAUCAAUGAAUAGUCUUCGAGGUGUUAUGGCAGCAUACCUGGGAUUUAUUACUCAGCUCAGAUGCUGUGCAAUCAGGUCACGUGAGAAACAUUAAUGAUUCUUUGCUGCAGUUGAUGAAAAGGAAGCUUUUGUUUCUGCUGUAAAUUUAUUGCAUGGGAAAAGAAUAAACAUACAUAAAUGACAAUGCCACAAGUUCUAAUAUUGCUUUUGAAGUUUUGAUAUUUGACGGUGGAAAUGAA